UCGCUCAAUUGAGACGAAGCCAAGCCAAGCUCAAGAAGACACGAAAAGAAACAAAAUAUUUGAAGAUGGGUUUCGUUACUUUUGUAUGCAGACAAGAUACAAAAGCAAAAGCCAUGUUCAAGCUUAUUGAAAAGCUACAAGAAUACCGUUUGAACGACCAAAGAUGUGAUCCACAAAUUAUCGCCAAGACAAGAGAUGAACAGUUCUUCGAAAUGAUAUUCCACUAUCAGUCAAAGAGGAUGAACGAACAACGUGCAGAAUUGCCAAACAAAACUCCAACUGAGGAGGUUUGAGAACAGCGAGAAGUAUAUCUUCUUUAUGAAAUUCUUCGCAAAAACGAUGAACAACCAAUCGAAAGAAAUGCAGUUGUAACACGAACGAAAGGAGAAACAUGAAAUGCUGUGUACGACAUAAACACUGUCGAUUUAAUGCGCGGCUGGAAAUAAAGUAAAGUCGCCACUGGGAACAAUUCAUCACAAAAUACUAAUGUUACACAAAACUGAUGUUAAAUUCAUAUAUAAAGAAUGUUAUUAGCUGAAAUCUAGUCUCAAGAUGCAGAGCAAGAUUAGCAAAUAAAUAUCGUAAAAUAAGGUUCCUUAGUAUAAAUUUACUGUUAAAUUCACCUGAUCACGCAUGGUGGAAUAAGAAAUUUGAAAAUUAUUGUUAGACGCUAGUUCUUUAUAUAUUCUGUAAAACAACAUUAUUAAUAUGAAUAUAUUAAUGUAUAUUAACGUAUAAAAUGUAACGUAUGAUCUUGGUAGAAACGGUUAGGAAAUAUAAU